AUGGAGCUGCCUGAGGACCACCCAGACGCUGCAGGCGACAGCAAUAAGGACACUGCAGGAGGAGACGGUGCCAAUCCAGGUGCCGCAGGAGAAGACGAUGCAGAAGAUGGUGACGAUGAUCCAGCUGCACCUGAUGGUGGUGAUGAGGACCCAGAUGAUGAUCCAGAGCCAGCUGACGCAGCAGACAAACCGCCAUCAGAGCCCCAUUAUGAGAAGCAAAUACAUCGUCUGGACUUUGCUGAAGGAGGUCAAGAGGAAGCUGAGGAUGACGCUCAGGGAGAAGGUGAUUCUGGAAGCUCAGCUAAGGGAGAUCAGGACUUACCCCCAGAGUACGACAACGAUGAGUCCAUCAAGUACCUGACAGAGUCACCUUCCCGCAAGCGCGUUCACUACAAAGAGCCCGGCUACCGCACACGCUACCGUUAG